AGUGAGGGGCAAAUUGGGAAUUUCGAUCUCUUAAUUCUCCUUAUUAAGGAAUUCAAUCCUGUAAUGAAAAAAUUGGCUGGCCAUUAAAGCAGGCCAGCUUGAAAUUUAAAAUGCUUCUGACAUCCAUGAGUUGGCAACUCUCUUGAUCAAUAAUCUCAUAUCCCCCUAAAACUCCAAAGAAACUCCACUACUGAGAUGAAAAAAAGAGAAGGAUCCAAAUCCAAUGAAGGAAAAGGAGGAGGAGGAGAAGAAGGAUCAACGAAGAUAUGGGAUUGUGGAAGCCCUCUGUAUGAUUCUUAUGAAUUGGUAUCACUUGGCCAUGUCAUUGAUAGACAUAUCAUGGAAUUGCCAUCACUCAGUGGAUCAAGGGGCUUAACAAACCAGAGUAGUUCUCGUUCUUCAAAUCUGAUCUCAUCAAAACAGGGAGGAGCCUCUGGCCUUGGAAUGGCUAAAGGGUCAUCAAUUGUGAGCUGUUUCGGCGAAUUUCCGGAGAAGGUUUUGUGGAAAAAGAGGAGGGUGAAUGGAGAGGGAGAAGAAAAGCCCAAGAUGGUUAAACGUGGUGUUUUCUACAGAAUAUGGAAAAGGAUAGGUUCAUGGAGGAAAUAGCUUUGCAAAUGAGGGUUACAUUUAGCUGAAAAUGGGUACUUCUUGGUUUUUUUUAUAACCAGUAUCUUUGCGCAAAAUGAGGGUUACACAUAUAUUUGAGGAUUCAAGCAUUAGCUUUUGGUGUUCUUGCUUACUGUAUCUAAUAUCUGCCAGAGGUUUUUACGAAGAAAAAAUACAACUCAGAUAUUUGUAUACUCUCGCGGAUGCAACUACUCCGCGAAAAUGUAGUGUAUAAUUUGUAUGUAUAGAUUUUGAUCCAUAUAUCUUGCAUGACAUUAAUCAAACAUCCUAUGCAAAUAUUUUGUACUAAAA